AUUGAAACCUCGUAGGAGGAAUCUGUGACGUUUUUGCUUUUCAGCUUCAGUCAUACUUUCUCUUCCUUUCAUGUCCCUUCAGGUUCUUACUGUUCCCUUCCCUGUAACCAAAAACGGCAACUUUGAUCCAUACCUCAGCUUCAGCCAUAGCAAGUCUGUUCUUCCUUCCCAAAUCAUUCUUCUUCAUAAAACUUUUCACCAAUUUUCUCACUUGUUCUCUUUCAUUUCUUCACCAUUGGAGGUUUAGGGUUCUGCUCCUUCUUUUUCUAUUUGUGGGUUUGACCCUCUUUCUCUUAUCCCUGCUUUUGUGGAUUGUUGAUCUGAAUCUGCUGCAUUGUGUUCCACCUUGGCUUCAUUGGAUUUUGAUGCUUGAGUUCUGCGGUUGAAAUGGGGAAAGGAAGAAGUCCUGGCAAAUGGUUCAAGAACUUACUCUUGGGGAAGAAAUCGUCGGCAAAGUCUACUUCAUCGAAGAAGAAUGAUAUUUUUAAACCUUCAAGUAAUAAGGAUGUGGUGUUGUCUUCUGAGGUGCCUGUGUCUGAUUCACCUGUCAAUUCUCUGCUGAUAUCCCCGCCGAUAUCUGGAGCUAAUGAUACCAAAGGAGUGAUUUCAGAAAAGGAGGUAGUAAGUAGAUCUUCGCAUGAUAACAAUGUUCUUUCAACUGGAGAUGAAGAGGCCAAGGUGAAGGAUGUUGCUAAUUUUGAAACUCAAGAGGAUCCUGAGAAACAUCAGCUUACAGAAGCAGCUAUAAAAGUUCAGGCCGCUUGUAGAAGCUAUCUGGCUCGUCGAACAUUUCAAACACUCAAAGGUGCCAUACAACUACAAGCUCUCAUUCGUGGUCACUUGGCUAGAAGACAAGCUGUUUCUGCUUUAUACUGUGUGAAGGGAAUAGUUAAAUUUCAAGCAUUGGCUCGUGGUUACAAUGUUAGACGUUCUGAUAUUGGCCAUGCUGUCCAGAAGAUUUGUAAGGAUGCUCAUUGUUCAAAUUCUAUUUUGGUAGUUUCAUCAACACGGGAAGAGAAGGUGUCAGAAAAUGUCUUUGUUUGCAAGCUUCUGGCUUCAUCCCCAUAUGCAGUUCCUCUAUCACUCACCAGUGAUCCAGGAGAACCUAACUUUGGUUGGAAGUGGCUUGAAUAUUGGACACAGUCACACUUUUGGGCACCUCUUCCUGUAUUGAAAAAGAAAUCUGACUCGCUGUCUGAUGAGAAAAAUGGCAGUUCCCAGACAGUUCAAAGGGGACAAGUUAAAAGAACUACUAGAAAAUCUGCUGCCAUGAAAGGUGACAAUGGCUCUGUUUUAGCUGCUAACAGAUCUAAACAGCGUCCAAAAAAGGAUUCAAGCCAUCCAUUGCCUUCAGCUCAAGAACACCCACAAAAAGAAACUGAAAAAAGUAGUCUUGAGAAAAAACAUGCACAUAAUGUUUCAAAUGGAUCUGAGGUUGUUAAUGAAAAAAGAAAAAACAGCAGUAGAAAGAUUUUGGAUCACACUGUCACUGAUGUUUUAGAGCAGGUCCCAAAUGCCUCUUCAGAGAAAAUGGAAGAUUUGACGGUGGCAAAGUCAGAAGAGUCUGAUCCUGGGAAGGGUCAUGCACAGCCAGCAAAAGAUGAGAAUUGUAAUGAGCCACAUAAUGAUCCUAUUGCUGUUUCAAGGACUAGUGUGAAGAAGGGUGAAAAUGAAAAAAAUCAAGGAGUUGGUGAGGAUCAGAAUGGUGGUGAUGAUAAUUGUAUCAGUAACAAUUGCCAGAGAAGAGCUUCACUACCUGCAAACUUUAAUGAUCAAGAUGGUGAGGUAUAUGGCACUCCUGUCACUCCAAGGCUGCCCAGUUAUAUGGCUCCUACCGAAUCUGCAAAGGCCAAGCUAAGAGGACAAAACUCCCCAAGAUUUGCUACUGAUUUGGUAGAAAAAAGCAGUACAACCAGGCGGCAUUCACUUUCAUCCUCACUCAAUGGAAGGUCGGGUUCAUUUUCCCCGAGAGCUGAAAGGCUGAUGGCCGUGAGUGGCAGAGGAGUGAUAAAGUCUGAUAGAUCUCUGUCAUCUUCAAGAGAUGGAACUGAGAAGUUGAUCCAACCUCAGUGGAGAAGGUGAUUGAUUCUACCUUAUUUUUCAAGGCAAGGAUGCUUGAAGGAGGUAAAAACUUAACAGUAAAAAACAUGGAGACUUACAUUACAACAUUUAUUUACUUUUGAUUUUCAUUUCUAUUUAAUGGUCAUGGAUACAGAAAGGGAUAUUGUGCUCAGCGUAUGAUAUCAAAUUUCUUUUAAUAGGACAGGAGUACUUUGGUGGGUAUAUAUAUAUUUACGGAUUUAAGCUUAUGUUCUUA